CUUCGUGCAUUUCAAAUCACAUGCCGAUUGGAGCGUCCCGUUCUGCCGUUCUCGCACGCGCCCUGCAAACCGAUAGGGAAAUGCAUGUGUUUGGGGGAAACUGUCAGGACACGAACUGCGAUGUGAUUUACCAUUAAACUCCAAUGCUCGGGUUUAUGCCAGUCUUCAACAAAUCCCUCCACAUGAUGGCUCUGCUUACCGUAGGAGGGUUGCGCGCGCCAACACACCCCUCUUGUCAAAACUACCGAUGCCGCCCAUUUUCCAUUGACAGCUCCCAACCAUUGCCAAGUAUGAGUCCAGCAUGCUGUCUGCUGCUGCCCGUGCGACAGCAACUUCUCGCAACUUGCUAGUAAGCACCGGUGUGACUUCCACACAAUAACUGAGGGCUGCGAUACUGUGGUAGAUUUGUCAUCUUCUAGUACAAAUUCAAUUGCCUGUGUUGCUAUCUUAACCCAACAUCGGAACUAUUCAAAGGACUGUGGGACUUAAGCUAAAGGGACUGGACACGAAUUUUGAUCGGAACACUCUCUUCCAAGAUGGGACAACAUCUGCUGCCGUUUUGCCUGUUAUUUGCCACCUUGAUGUACCUCAGCCUGGAAAGCCCUCCAAACUGCGAUGAAGUGCGCAAAGUUUUUCAUCAGAAACUAAUCGGACCGUUGAAAUCCGUACCUGACAAACCUCGGACAGGUAGCGACCUGCAGGUGUGUGCGUCCCGGAACGUGACCUGCUGCACUAAGAAGAUGGAGGAGCGGUACCAGGUGGCGGCCCGCCGGGACAUCCAGAACCUUCUACAGAUCUCCAGCAGCUCCCUCAAGUACCUCAUCUCACGGAACGUGGCGCUGUUUCAAGACACCUUUGAAAAUGUGAUGGUGCAGGCGGAGAACUACACCGUGUCGUCGCUGCUCCACACGUAUCGGGACGUGGCCGUGGAGGCCUCAGAAGCCGUGCAGGAGCUCUUCACUGACGUCAGCCUGUUCGUCCUGGGCUCCGAGACCAGCGUGGAUGAACUGGUGCAGCGCUUCUUCGACGCCCUCUUCCCCCUCGUCUAUGACCGGCUCAUCAACCCUGGACUGGCGCCCAUCUCUCCGGCCUACGCCGAGUGCGCCCGCUCCGCCCGCCGCAGCCUGACGUCCCCAUUCGGCACUGCCCCCGCCCAGCUGGCCGCGCAGGUGUCCCGAGCCGCGGUGCCCACCCGCGUCUUCCUCCAGGCGCUACACCUGGGCGUAGAGGUGAUCAACACCACGGACCACUUGCAGCUGAGUCGUGAGUGCAAGCGGGGCCUGCUGAAGAUGAACUACUGCCCCCACUGCCAGGGUCUGACGCGCAGCCGUCCCUGCAUGGGCUACUGCCUGAACGUGCUGCGUGGCUGCCUGGCCAGCCUGGCCGAGGUGGACGCCCACUGGCUGGAGUUUGUGCGCUCCUUGGAGGAGCUGUCGGGCCGCAUGAGCGGGCCACAGGACCUGGAGCAGGUGCUGCUAGGGGCCCACGGCCUGGUGCAGGAGGCCGUCGCACACGCCCAGAAGAACGGCCCCCGCCUCUCCGCACAGGUCCACCGGAUCUGUGGUCACCCCAGCAGGCUGGAGGCUCCUGCGGGGAGCAGUGGGCAGCUGGGAGGAGGAAGCGGACGGGACUCCUCUCUCCCACUCCGCGCCGCGCCUCCUCGAGACAUAGACACCUCCCUCGCCAACAGGAAAAAGGAGUUUAUAAAUAGCCUGCGCCUGUACCGCACCUUCUACGGUGGCCUGGCGGACCAGCUGUGCAUGAGCGAGCUCGCCUCCGGAGACAGCCUGGCCUGCUGGAACGGCGCCGACGUAGUCAAAAGCUACACUCUCCGCGUGGUGGGCAAUGGGAUUAAGGCUCAGUCUGUAAAUCCAGAAGUCAAAGUGAAGGGAUCGGACCCGGUCAUAAACCAGAUCAUCGAUAAGCUCAAGCACAUCAACCAGCUCCUUCAAGGGAAGUCAAUCCCCAAGUUUGGCUCCCUGGACGAGAUUGAGACGGGCAGCGGGGACAGAGAGGGGCGGUACAGCGGCGACUGUGACGACGAGGACGGAUGCUGGGGGUCGGGCAACGGAGACGGCAAGAGGACCGUCCAGAGAGUCUCCAAAUUGACGCCAGAGAAGACCAACAGUAACCGGCAUCACCACCACACGAAGACGGUGUUUGGGGUCGGCGCCUCGGCAGGCUCGAGAGCCGUGACUCUAGGGGUCUGUCAGGCCCUGAUUUGGACUUGUGCACUGAGACUGCUGCUGUCAUGGUAACAUCACUAAAAAAAAACAACAGAGACUGGACUGUCCCCAUAUUACCCUUCUCUUCUCUUCCCCAUCCUCCCAGCCACACCUCUUUCCCUCUCCCACAUAGAUUGAUCUUUUCUUUUCCUCGUCUGUGGGAAGGGGAAUAAACACACACACCUCUUUCCCUCUCCCACAUAGACUGAACUUUUCUUUUCCCUCGUCUGUGAGGGGGCAGAAUAAACAAAGAGAGACUGACAGACAGACUGACAAAAUGAAAAGAAAAAGUAUUAUAUAUUAAUUAAAUGAAGCACGCUCCACACUUUGACGGACGGCUGGCAAAGAAAGGGAAGAGUCCUUCUGUCCUUGAAAGCCGAGGGUGUGUUUGUUGAACACACUUGAGGGCACGUCGUGUGCAUUGAAAGGCCCCAUGGAAGACCCAACAUCGAUCCCGGAUGGAAAGAAAGAACAACAAAAAAAGCAAAGAUGUGUACGUACAGAAUCAAGAAGAAUGAGGUUCCCCAAGAAACACACGCUCCUGUUGUCCCCCUAAUGAGGUUCAUCUGUACUGAUAGACCAAGACAAAGAGAUCCUGUGCAAAAAACAGACAGCUUAAUUUACUGCCAGGAUACGGACCAAACCCCCCCUCCCCUCUUCAAUGGGGGAGCAUGCACCUCGAAGUGAUGAAGAAAAGACACGGAUAGUAAUUUAAUCUUGUUGGGGUUUUUUUCUUCAUUAAUAAUAUAUUUUUAAGCUUACUUGGAAAUGGUAACUGGCAUCAUUAUAUGCUCUGGGUUUGCGUUUCAGUACCAUAAAAUGGGAGCCAUGCUGUAUGUAAGGGAUAGCCCCAUAUGAAAAAGAAAUAUAACUUAGAAAGUGAUUCAGUUGAUCUACAAUGUUAUAUAUCAGGGAGAUGAGCAAUUGGCCACUUUUGUAGUAUUUAGCCAUUAUGAUCCACAUUCCAUCUCCAAUUUGAUAAGUCGCAUUAUAAGCAUUGCAUAUGGAACGUGUAUGUGUGCCUUACUCCUAUAUUACAUGAGGAAAAAGAGAAAUGGGCCCCUGUUAUACAUACUAUGUCUCAUAUAAGACUUUUAUAGUCCGUUUAUGAAUCACUUUGUAAAUGUCAUACAUUUCUUUUUCAUGAUGGGCGAGGUAGGGACCAGCUCCACGGACAUAGUUAUAGUGAGGUGGAGGCAGACAACUCUGAAGAGAUCCCUCCACCACAGAGCUGGUCACUUCCACACACCUAGUCCCUUUUAUUUGCUGUUCGUAUCUAUGUUAUAAUUUUACAUGUGUAAACCACAAAAAUCGAUGGAUGAUUUUUCUGCUUUUUAGCAACAAGGAUUGGAAUAUAAUACAUGGGAUUUAACCAUUGAUUUGGUUAGAAGAGUUGUGAUGGUUAAGAUUCUGUAAAAACAAAAUAGUUCUUCUGUGAGCAUUGUUCCUCAAUUAACCUUCAGUUGUGCUGUGGGGGGACCGAAAAGAUCUCUGAGAAUCCCCAAAGGGUCUGUUCUGAUAAGAAAUCCUCAGAGAACCUUUAGGUUUUUAGUAGUUUAUUUCCAGAAUUCAUGCUGCCCAUUCACAAAUGUUACCGUUUUCAUGAACAGUUAAAACCACCAUCAAAUUUAAAGUAUUCAAUAUAACUGGGAAAAUUGCACUCUUCAUACAUCCAUUUUUAAUUUCCAGGAAUAAAUAUUUUUAGCUGCAAAACUUACUGUACUUUGGUCAUACUAGAAAAUUGUUUAUUAUUUAGUACAUAUUCAUGAAAAGAUGAAAUGUGGCAGUAGACAGCACUGUUUCAGUGAGCAGCAUGGUUGCAAUACCUACUCUGGCCACCAUCCUACACAGCGCACCUUUAGAGGUUGCUCAACGAAUCUUUAGGUUCCUGAGUUCUCAGAGGAAGCUUUAAGAAAUGAUUGGCUCUUCAUAGAACUAUAGUGAAAGAUGAAGGGUCUUCAAGAAACUUUUAGCUGUUACAGUUCAAAUCAGUCUGAAUCUACUGCUUCAAAAAUAACCAGUUGUUCUAGUUAACUCCCACCUCAUCAACCAAUGAAAAGGAGAAUUUUAUUGUUAAGGGAGAUCAUACAUGAUGUCAUAGUCUGCUUUUUAAUAUUCCCUGGUACUAUGUACCUAUUUUAGUUUGAAAUAUUGCAAUUCUGAACUGUAAAGAUGUAAAGUUUUCUUUUCUUUUUUAUUUUCUGAGGUUUUAUUUCCUGCGUCUGAUUUUAUAGAUUGUGCUCAUUUCUCCCGUCCUAAGUUUGCGUAAAACGCACCUUAACAAAAAUCUAUUAAUAUACUGUGUUAAUGUACUGUGUAUUUAUACCAGCAAUAAAAAAUGCCAUACUUGAUGAUUAUAAUA